AUGGACCUCUGUGUUGGGGCUGUGUCUGGUUUGCAGCCCGCAGUCUGGUUUGCCUUCCCGGAUUGGGCCUACAAGCCCGAGUCGUCCCCUGGCUCGAGGCAGAUCCAGCUAUGGCACUUUAUCCUGGAGCUGCUGCAGAAGGAGGAGUACCAGGGUGUCAUCGCCUGGCAGGGGGACUACGGGGAGUUCGUCAUCAAGGACCCGGACGAGGUGGCCCGGCUCUGGGGGAUCCGCAAGUGCAAGCCCCACAUGAAUUAUGACAAGCUGAGCCGCGCCCUGCGUUACUACUACAACAAGCGGAUUCUCCACAAGACCAAAGGGAAGAGGUUCACCUACAAGUUCAACUUCAGCAAAGUCGUGCUCGUCAAUUACCCACUGCUGGACGUGGCGGCAGCUGCAACAGGCUCCCCACUCCUGCUGACCCCCAGUCCCUUUGGAGGAGCCCCUGGGCCAGAUGCUCCUCCCCUCACCCCCGAGACCCUGCAGACCCUGUUCUCUGCCCCACGCCUGGGAGAGCCAGGGGCCCGGACGCCCCUGUUCACUCCUGAGACGGACAAACUGCGCCUGGACAGCCCUUUCCCAUUCCUGGGCUCUGGUACCACCAGCUACGCCAAGCCCCCUGGCCUGCUGGGUCCUUAUGGCCGCGCCUUCCCGGAGUACCCCUGGAACUUUAACCCGUACCUCACAGGCCCCUUCCCCAAACUGCCCCCAUCUCUCUACCCCCCCCACUUCUACCCUAAUCCUCUGGCCAGUUCCCUGGGCCACCUGCCCUCAGCAGGGGCAGGGGGAGGCCCCACAGCCACACCCCUGCUGGCAGGGACAGGGGAGGGCCUGGGUCCUGAGCGCCCCUCGGGCCUGGCAGCAGCCCCUCGCCUGGCACUGCCAGGGGCCGGGGGGCCAGAGGCCGCACUGGGUGGGAAGGAGGACAGCGACUCGGAGCUGGAGAUCACCGACGUCAGCGGCUGCAGCUCUGACAGCGAGGGCGAGGAGGGCCUCCCGGCACCCCCCAAGGCCAAGGCGGGCAAAGGGGGCACUGGCAGCUGAGCGGCACGGGUGAUGGGCUCUGCGGGGACCAGGGCAGCUGUCAGGGCAGCCUCCUCCGUCUCCGGCCUGCCCGCGAUGCCCUGCCCAGGGCCAGGGCCAGGCCCAGCAGGUGUCUUCCUCCCCCAGCCCCAGAGUGGGGGUCUCACUUCCCUAUCCACACGGGAGGGGGGGAGAACGUGAUGGCUUCCAGCCUCCUCCCCAGGCUCCAGUUUGAGGGGGGUCCCCUUGGCCCCACUCCCAAAGUGCAAUAUGGCGCCCAGCCUUCCCCGCCCACCCCCGUGCUGUGACCUGCGUGUUUGUGCGGCCGUGUCUCCGACCCCCCUGCGCUGACACCCUCCUACACAGGCCCCCCUGG